UACUGUGACAGUUCCACAGACAGCGAGUGAAGGUGUGGCCUCACUAACACAGCAUGUAGGUGGAAAGAAUAAAACUUGAUCGAUGCCACAAUCUGCUCAUUUACCACAUACUACGAUGACACGUGAACUUCUUUUGUGGGUCCUCAUCCUAAAUGGCGCGCUCAAUCUAUCAGACAGCCAUGCCGCUCUAUUUGAGAUUGGAAAGGACUAUGAGCUCGUACGACCUGUCCGGCUUCACUCUGUCAGAAGAAGAGACACCGGGAACCUCAGGCCAGAGACCCUGAAGUAUGCAAUGACUGUAGAAGGAAAGGAUGUCGAAAUGCACUUACAAAAAAACAAUGACUUACUCACUCAAGAUUACUCAGAGACUUUUUACCAAGAGGAUGGGACACAAGUCACGAGUUCUCCAAAUGACAUUGAUCACUGCUACUAUCAUGGGAAGAUCGUGAACCAAAGCGACUCGACAGUUAGCAUCAGCACCUGUGAUGGACUUCGAGGUUAUUUCAGGACAUCAGCCCAGAGGUACUUGAUCGAGCCUCUGACUGGUGAUGAUGAGGGGGAUCAUGCCGUAAUGAAGUUCAACGAAGAGGACUACACACCCGCUGUGUGCGGUGUCACCAACACGACAUGGAGCACAGAUUUCGAGCCACCAACAAGCCGCAGUCGCUCCAGAUCAGCGGGUAUUUCCAUCAUUCAGCAACAGAAAUACAUUGAACUCUACCUUGUUGCUGAUAACCGUGAGUAUGUGAAGCUAAACCGGGAUCAAACAGCACUGAGGAAAAGGAUAUUUGAAGUCGUCAACUUUGUCAACAUGGUAUACAAGCCCCUGAGGACCUUCAUUGCUCUUGUCGGGCUGGAGAUCUGGUCCAAUGGUGACUUGAUCUCCAUCACUCCUCCGGCCGGCGCUAAUCUAAAUGCUUUUAUGACAUGGAGGAAUUCUGAGCUGGUCAAGAGAAAGAAACAUGACAAUGCACAUCUUAUCAGCGGGAUUGACUUUGAGGGAGCAACGGUGGGACUGGCGUACAUCGGGACUCUCUGUUCCGGUCAUUCUGUCGGAGUAGUACAGGACCACAACAAUCGAGCCAUUGCUGUGGGGGCCACAUUGGCCCAUGAGAUGGGCCAUAAUCUUGGCAUGAAUCAUGAUGACUCCAGUGCUUGUAUCUGCGCUGGGGAUAGCUGCAUCAUGGGUGCAGCCCUCAGCUGGGACACCCCUCGCACUUUCAGUAGCUGCAGCAGCAGAGACUAUGAGAAAUACUUGACCGGCCGCAGCCCAAGCUGUAUGCUGAACAAGCCGGACUACAUGAGUCUGGUGGUGCCGUCUGUCUGUGGAAACGGUUUUGUCGAGAAAGGAGAGCAGUGUGACUGUGGGACUGAAAAGGAAUGCACCAACCCAUGCUGCAAUGCAACCACUUGCACCCUAAGUGAGGGCUCCCAGUGUGCUGCAGGGGAGUGUUGUGACGACUGCAAGAUACUUCCGCGAUCUUGGGAGUGUCGGAGGAAACAGGAUGAAUGUGAUCUCGCAGAAUACUGUGAUGGGGAGAGUGACACAUGUCCUGAGGAUGUAUUCAGUGUCAACGGCUUACCAUGUGAUGAAGGCUCUGGUUAUUGUUAUAAUGGCCAGUGUCCAAAAAGAUCAGACCAGUGCCUCAAACUAUAUGGAGCAAGUGCUAUUGAGGCUCGUCCUUCCUGCUAUAACCAAAACACCAAAGGAACUUACUAUGCCUUCUGCAAACGUCCCUCAAAUGAUCAAUACAUCCCCUGCCAGAAAGAAAAUGUGUUUUGUGGGAAACUCUUCUGUCACAAUGGAAACAACAACCCAAACUAUGGCCGCAUGGUGAGGAUUGGUGACUGCAAAGCAGCUUUCUUUGGAGAAUAUACUAAAGACUAUGGCCAGGUGGACACCGGGACCAAAUGUGGGGACGGAAAGGUGUGCAGUGAAAAUGAAUGCGUGAGUCUUCCAAAUGCUUACAGAAUCACAAACUGCUCUGCAAAAUGUCCUGGCCAUGCCGUGUGUAAUCACAAAAGUGAGUGUCAGUGUGAGCCUGGCUGGUUGCCUCCUUCAUGCUCUUCCAAAGACAACGAGUUCAGCGCUCUUUCUACUGGAGCAACUGCUGCCAUCGCAGUGGCAAUUUCAUUAGUGGUUCUGGGGAUAAUUAUUGCUGUCAUCGUGGGCGUCAUCUGGAAAAAACGACAGAGCCCUGUGUUACCAACUGCUCAUCAAGUAAGGAAGGAGCCAGUAGUGGACAGCGCUGCUCUCAGUCUUAAAGCACAAGUUCCCCGUCCACCCACACAAGUGUCGCAGGCUGGGAGGCCAAAACCCAAAGGACCUCCUCCUCCACCUCCACCAGCAGCAAACAGAGCAAAUCCCGCAAACCACAACUACAGGGUUGUCCCUCAGGCACUAAGGCCAGUACCUCCACCUAAGGUCUAACGGCUCACCAUGCAAUACUUUCAGCAAGGG